AAUCCAGGCCAUGGAGUUCAAUUCUCUUUCACUAUCUGAAUUUUGAUUGAGAUAUUUCCUUACACGUGGAUGGCCUUCAUCCCAUAGAAGCAACACCUGCAGGGCUCCCACACUGUGACACCAGCCUCCCUCAGCCAAGGUUUAGCCUUGGCCUAUUUAUGUACAAGGACUUACGCAGCAUAACUCAGAGCAAAAACUGCGUAAUGGCACUGGCACAUAGCUGCACUGCUACCUAUAUAUACAUAUGUUGGGCUGUGUUUGGAGGCAGGCUCCUCAGGUGCAUACCAUGGCUCGCUGGGCGACUCUGAGCUUUGCCUUGUGCUGCUGCCUCGGGGUGGCACAGGCUGCGACACUUGGUGUGGUGCUCACCGAGGGAGGUUUUGUGAAAGGCAAGAAUAAACGACGGGGACUCCUGGGGAGCUAUGUGGACAUCUUCAAAGGGAUCCCUUUUGCUGCCCCACCAAAGACACUGUACGACCCCCAGCCUCAUCCUGGCUGGGAAGGAACACUGGAAACAACAGAAUUUAAAAGUCGCUGCAUGCAGACAACGGUUGCACAAACUGAUGUCCGUGGGGAAGAGGACUGUCUCUAUCUGAACAUCUGGAUCCCUCAAGGGAGGAAAGAGGUCUCCACCAACUUGCCAGUGAUGGUCUGGAUCUACGGCGGUGCCUUCCUUCUUGGAGGGGGUCAGGGAGCCAACUUCCUUGACAAUUACCUCUAUGAUGGUGAGGAGAUUGCUGUGCGGGGCAAUGUGAUUGUGGUGACCUUCAACUAUCGUGUGGGGCCCCUGGGCUUCCUCAGCACUGGAGACGAAAACAUGCCAGGGAACUAUGGGCUGAAGGACCAGCAUAUGGCUAUUGCUUGGGUGAAGAGGAAUAUCAAGGCCUUUGGAGGGGAUCCAGACAACAUCACCAUCUUUGGGGAGUCAGCUGGUGCUGCUAGUGUCUCCCUGCAGAUGCUGUCCCCAAAGAAUGCCGGUCUGUUCAAGAGAGCCAUCAGCCAAAGUGGUGUCGGUUUGUGCAGCUGGGUCAUCCAAGACGACCCACUCACUUGGGCUAAAAAGGUUGGAGAGAAAGUGGGCUGCCCCACAGAUAACACCACAGUCUUGGCCAAUUGCAUCCGUGCCACUGACCCCAAAGACGUGACACUGGCCUUCCACUUGGAACUGGCCUCCCUGUCUGGUCCCGUGGUUCAUACACUCACCAUCACUCCCGUUGUUGAUGGAGACUUCCUCCCUGACUUGCCAGAAAACCUCUUUGCCAAUGCUGCUGACAUUGACUACAUUGCUGGGGUCAAUGACAUGGAUGGACAUUUAUUUGCUGGCGUUGAUAUACCUGCUAUCAACCGUCCAUUAGGGAAAAUGACUGCGAGCGAGUUCUUUGACUUGGUCGAAGGACUUACUGCAGAGAGGGGUGAGAGAGCAGCCACCCUGACGUACGAUCUCUACACAGAGACAUGGGGUGACAACCCAGGGCAAGAAGUCAUGAAGAAAACAGUGGUGGACCUGAUUACAGACUACAUUUUCCUGAUUCCCACGCAGUGGGCACUAAACCUGCACCAUCAGAAUGCCCGGACUGGCAAGACAUACAGCUAUUUGUUCUCCCAGCCAUCUCGAAUGCCCAUCUAUCCAAGCUGGGUAGGGGCAGACCACGCUGAUGACUUGCAGUACGUGUUUGGGAAACCCUUUGCCACCCCUCUAGGCUACCUGCCCAAGCACAGGAAAGUCUCAUCUGCCAUGAUUGCUUAUUGGACCAAUUUUGCCAAGACUGGUGACCCCAACAGUGGGGAUUCAAAGGUGCCUGUUACCUGGCCGGCCUACACCACUGAGGGUGGUUACUACCUGGAAAUCAACAAUAAAAUAAACUCUGAUUCAGUGAAACAGAAUCUGAGAACCCAAUAUGUGAACUACUGGAAUUCGGUCUAUUUAAAUCUGCCAAAGACAUCCUAGACUGUGGAGCUGCUCCAAGCAAAACCACCUUUUAAAGACAGACCGAGUUCAUUAAAGACUUGAUUGCAACUGA